CUUCAAUAUAGAUUACGAUCUAAUUACAGCAGAAUUAGCUUCUUAUUGAUUUUAAGAAGAAACUUUGAAAUAUUUUAUAAUUAAAAAAAAGCUCUCUUUUUAUUCAAACGGCCUAGUGAUUAACUAGACAUGUACAGUUGGGGUGGAGUUGGUAAUAUAAGAGCAGCCGAUGAGUGUGCCGUGGCAAUGGCGCGGAGGCAGCGGGGCGCCAUGUUCACAGAGGCGCUGCCCCUCUUUGUCAUUUUAGUUGCUCUUACUCAUGGCGGUAAGAACAAGCCGGUUUUUAGUGACGAAAUCAAAGAAAUAAUACAAACUGUUCACGACGAGUGUGUCGCUAAAACAGGGGUCGCGGAGGAGGAUAUAACGAAUUGCGAAAACGGCAUAUUUAAGGAGGACGCGAAAUUGAAGUGCUAUAUGUUUUGCCUGCUGGAGGAAGCGAGUCUCGUCGACGAUGAUGAUACAGUAGACUACGACAUGCUCGUCAGUCUGAUCCCGGACGAGUACUACGAGAGAACUACCAAAAUGAUAUUCGCAUGCAAACAUCUCGAUACCCCUGAUAAGGACAGAUGCCAGAGAGCGUUCGAAGUACACAAAUGUUCAUAUGAGAAGGAUCCAGACUUAUACUUCUUAUUCUGAGGCGUGAACAACUGGCGAGCAGAGAUGAUUGUGUUGCUAUUAAUGGAAUAAACUAACUUUAUUUUCAUGGCGCUUUAUUUAU